GCGCAACACAUUCUUUUUCUUCCCAGUAGUAGGUAGACAGUGACUUCACUCAAUGCUUGCUCGUCUUUCCCGGUCUGGUCAGUCGUCAGGCCUUUGCACCCGUGGAAUUGGGCAGAAUGGAGUCCGUCAUCAUGACGCUGGCUACGGAAUCCCACUGCUCUCGCUGGGCUUCGGAGAAUUUCCAUGGAGAUUCUGGCCCUUCCAGCCCUUCCCCCGGUCACAUGACUGACUGGCUUUCUCUCUUCACUCCAGCUCGGGCUCGGGCUCAGGCAUUCCUGCCCUGCUGUAACGGUGUGAGUUGUGACACCGGAAGCAAGCUCCAGGGGUUAUCUAUUGCUUUAAGAGAGCAUCCUCCUUUCAGGCUACCGACCCCCCUCCCCCAACUUGUAGCUGUACACAAUCUUCAAUCGAUAGGGUUCCAGAGUAAGUCGGAUACUAGGUCACAUGUCCUUCCACAUCAAUUGACUGUAGAGUCCAACCGCCGCUGCAAUUUAUACAGCUUCUUUUUACUACUCUACUCCAUCUCCACUGUGCUAACCCCUCAAAGAGAUGGGUCGAGAUUCCAGAUCCCAACUGCCCCGUCACGGGAGCUGCAGCAGAUCGCCGCUCCCAGCAACCAAUCAGUGGCCAGGAAUCCGUCGAGGUGAAUCUCCCCUUGCGACAGGAACUUGCUUUAUCCUCGGUGCCUUGACAACACCUACUUAAACUCAGUACUUCCUGCGUCCCCCUGAGUUAGCAUCCCUUUUUCUUGUGAACUUUUCCCCUGGGAUCUCUGUCUACUCGAUUGUUCUGUGUUUGCUCCCUUCAGUCCCAACUCGCCUUCGAAAACACCUCCGUACACACUCUUCGCCAUGGGUGACAACAACCAAGC